AUGGAGAAACAUUACGAAACUGACGGCUGCACGGAAGAGCAGUUGCUAGGCGGCAGCCAGACUACAACGAUGUGGCGUUCCCUCAACCGCAAUAACGGCCGUCUGAAGCAAGCUGUUAGGAUGAUGGGUUUUUUGACCGUAGUGAUGGGAAUCGUGCUCGUUGCAUUUGUGCACCUCACCAUCCAGAUGGGCAAAGAACGAGACCUCGUCCUCCAUCUAGAGCAACAGAUCCACGAGUUUGAGCACCAUGGGAACACUGUCACUAAAAGAGCCAUACCUUGGUUUCUUGGUGCUGCUUUCUGGGUGACGAACCAAGUGUUCGCAUUCUAUGGACUAGCGACCAGUUGCAAAUCCUUCACAGAAAGCCGUCUCGAUGCAGCCACUUGUAUCUGGGGUGCCAUUUCAACAGCGGCCACCUUUAUCGGCGUGGCCCAGCAUGGUGCCUCUACAGUCAAAAUCAUCCACGACAAACUCGCUCAGAACAGCAUUUCUAUUGGAUGGAAACGCAACGAAAUGAUCUUUGAAGCAGAAUCCCAACUUAGUGAGCUGUUCAAGCUACCUUUCACUCUGGAUGGUUUCAUCCCGCACCACCAUCCGAGAAUUGCUCGCAUGAAAUUGGCCAAUGGUACCAUGUGGCCAGUGUUCCAUAUGUAUAACCAUCACAAUACAAGUAUGCAUUUCACCAUGACUGCUUACGAGGAGGAUCACGCUGUCAUGUCUUUUGGCUUUGGCCACAAGAGCGACCCGAACACCAUCGGCAAGCGCGAAACGUACCAGGACGAAUACUUUACCAACGGCGGAAUCGAUUUCACCGACUGCUUUAAUGAUUCGCAGAACACGUAUCUGCUAAACACAGACGCGGAUUACCAACAGAUGGACAGGGAUGUGCAAUGUUAUUACCCUGACCUGGCGAACACCUGGGGCGCUGAGAUUCAGAUCUACGACUCAAAUGUGGAGGGUACUAUAGGCUCGGGCUCUAUUGCCGCUUUCCGAGGUAGCGAUCACGCAAGUAGUGCUAGUGUUAUGCCCGGAUGCCCAGCAGGACUCUCGGCGUCAGACAAAUGCCGGUCGGCAUAA